UGGAAUUGAAUCACAAGUCCCACAUCUCAACUCUGAUCUUUUUUCUCUCUAAAUAACACACACAAAAUGUCAGAAGCUAAUGAAUUUGCAGCUGUUACCAAGGCUUUCUCAGGACUUGGUGUAGAUGAGAAUUUAUUCAUCUCAUCAGUGGCGAGAUGGAAUCGCUAUCAGAGGGAAUCCUACAGGGUGAGCAACUCUGCCUUUUUCAAAGAAGACGAGCGCCAAUUCCAGAGAUGGGAUGAUCACCAUAUCCUCCAGCUUCGUCAAGAAUUUUUGCGUCUCAAGGAUGCAGUGGUGUUGUACACAAUGCACCCAUGGGAAAGAGAUGCGCGUUUGUUUAAGGAGGCAUUGCUUUUGAAAAUACCUCAACAUGAUGUUCUCAUUGAGACUGCUUGCACUCGAUCCUCUGGAGAUCUUUUGGGAGCACGAAAAGCCUACCAUUCACUUUUUGAACACUCGAUUGAGGAAGACAUUGCUCACCAUAUCAAGGGUCAAGAAAGAAAGCUACUAGUUGCUCUUGUGAGUUCCUACCGUUAUGAAGGUCCAAAAGUGAACGCUGAUCUUGCAAAAUCUGAGGCUAAGGUGUUUGUGAAUGCAAUAAGAGAUAAAAAGAAGAGCCUAAUUGAAGACGAAGAUAUUGUGAGGAUCCUGUCAAUCAGAAGCAAGCUCCAUCUUAAGGCCAUCUACAGUCACUACAAGGAAAUUACUGGCAACUUCUUGGACGAGGAUCUUAAUGAUGACUUGAUCUUGAAACAAGUUGUUCAAUGCCUUUGUGUACCUCAAGCAUACUUUAGCAAGAUUUUGAUCUCCUCACCAUAAUUGCAAAAUCUGACUAAUUAAAUGCUAGAUUUCUUCUCUUCGAUCUACUCAACUGCAAUAUCACAAAGUUUGUCAACAUAAUAAAUGUACACGAAGAAAACAGCUAGCCUUAAGGGUGCCAAAAGUCAAGUGUAGGGAAUUCCAUCUAAUUUCCAAAUCGCAGAAAAACAUGUUUUAGCAAAUUAAACUUUGCAUAGCGAAAUAAAUUAGAAGUUGCAUAGGCAAUUUUGAGAUGCUAUAAAAGCAUGACAAAGAGUUUUCAGAUGAGUACCAAUUAACAUAUCAUCACACAACAUGGAACAGCAUGACAUAAUAAUAUUCAGCAUUACACCCUUACUUUCUGUUUUGCUUUGUCUUGCCCGAAAGAAAGCAAAAGCCAGCAAGCAAACUGUGAUGUUGAAAGCGGAGAAAUUAACAACACAGCAAUGAUGCAUAGUAUAGCGGCUAUUGCUGCAACAUCAAUUGCCACAACCCCUCUUAUCACCACAGGUAAAACUCAUGAUGUUGGUGACUGUUGGAAUGGAAACUGGGGCUAUGGCAGUGGAGGUGGUGGAGGCGGCGGCUGUGAAUGGAGAGGUGGAGGGUGUUGAAGUGGAGAUCUGAAAGAGUUGAAAACUGUCUUCUUUGUCCGUCUUCUAUUGUGGCUAAGCUACUUGUGAUAUAACAUAAGGGUAUGCCAUAACAACUCUAUGUAUCGUGAGAUUGAAAAAAUAAGUUUAAGACAUAUAUCGAAUGUGUGAAAUUUUAUUGCACCAUCAGUUCUGUAAAUAUUCUUUUACAAUUUCAGUGCAUAGUGUAGAGCAACUUCAAAAAAUGUAACUGCAGUUUCAAUCCAGUUAAGAAGUGUAUGCAAGAAAUAGUUAAUAACUAAAGUAAAGAAAUGUCAUUAUAAUAUUCUGAAAAAUAGCGUAUAGUGCAUAAAGUGAGGGUAUUCUGCCCAUGCAUAUACCAAAUAUUUUAUUACAUGGUAGGAGAUAGACAACCAGCAUCUUGUCCAGAAAAACAAGUACUAUCUUACAAGUUAGAAUUGUCAC